AUGCCUGGCGAGAGUGAGAACCGCCCCGGGCCGGGCCGGCGUCCAGGAGGCCGCAGUAUUCGCAGCUUCUUCAGCUCCAGUGCGCCCGACUCGGGACCAGCCGAGUCCUCAGAUAUAACCGGGACUGGAGCCGCCCCACAGCCUCGGUUUCGGCCUCGUCGAAAGCUCAGAGCGUCUCUAGACAUCUAUAAGGAGGAUGCAGAUUACUUAGACCCCAUUCCCGCCGAUAUCAAUGUUGAGGACUUUGGAGAGUCGCUGGCAGCGGCGGCGGCUAGGAUUGGAAAGUUCAUAACCGGGAUGACCGAGACACCCCGCGAUGGGUUGUUCGAAAGGAUCGGUUCGAGAGCGGAACUACAGGACGCCAUAGAUGCCCAAGGAACAGUCCUCGCUGUUGCUUGGAAUCGCUUCCUCCAGUGCUAUGACGUUGGGAUGAACGGUAGAAGGGAUGCCCUAACCGCCCUUGCCGCCGCGUACAACAAGCUCCACGACAUCAAGAAUCGCUUCAUUGACUCUGAAAGAGCGGUACGGGAGCUUGGUAUCGAAAACCAGUCACUCAGGCGUGAUGUGGUACAUCUCCAGCAAUGGGAUGAACAGCAGCAACAGUCUAUCGUGGCGCUACAGGACGAGGUCGAGGAGAAAACCAAGGCCGAGGCCAAGCUCAAAUCGGAAUACAGAAACGACAUCAAAACGCGAGAGGAUGACAUCAAGAAUCUGGAGGAAGUGCUCGCGGAAUGGGAAGAACUAGCCGGCGAUCCCGACGAGGACCCGUAUGCCGAAGACGACGAUCACGUCGACCACAAGGCCAGGGCCCAUGCUAUUCGGCGUAAGAUUGAUGAAUUUCGUGUUCAGCGUGACCUCGCGGACUCCCGCUACCGCAAGGCGCAAGAGAGGUGCAGCAUCCUCGAAAGAGAACUCGACGAUUACCAGACCCGUCAAAAGUCACAAGAAAGCAGUCCUGGAAUGGCAGUGGGAGAGACGAUAUUCGAAGCCAAGGUGGCAGAGCUAGAAAUUAAGAUGGUAGCACUGACGGCCGAGAGGGAUGGGCUCAAGGCAGAGAACCGGAACGCUGAACGCCAGAGGAGCGAACUCGCCGCGUAUCGGGACAAGUGCGACAUACUCAAGGAGAAGCUGCGGGCCCUCAAGAAGAACGAACAGGGUCUGAAGGAGCAGGUGCACGAACUCAAGAAAACGGUUGCUGAUAAAACGGCGGAAGCGGCCUGCAUUGAGCUAGACUGCCAGAUCAAGGUGCAGGAGGCUGAGAAGUGUAUCAAGGACUUGCGGGAAAAGGCAGCCGGCGCUGGGGCUGGGCGCGAGAAACCCGCCAGCGCCGCUUCAUCGCCAGCAGCAGCGCCAGCAUCGGCACCAGCACCAGCAUCAGCCGCUGGCUUCUCUCCUGUGAUACCCAGAACGACCAUAGAAGAGAUAGAAGAGGCCCAGCUAGCCAACAUUGUGUUCACCAGGACGGCCAUGGAAGCCAUCAAAGCGAUCAUCAACAACCUUGCUGACAAAGUGGUCAUGGAAAUGGCCGAGACCAAGGAGCUCCGCAUCGAAGACGGGGAACAGCUGCUGGAAGAAAUCCAAAACAUCGGCAUGCUGGCCGAGUCCUGGGCGGAGAAGCACAAUGACAUGGAAGAAAACCAGUCGCUGAUCAACGACCAACUUCGCUCCCUCCGAGAGACCGUCCAGGAGAACCAAAACACCUUCCGGGAGAUUGAAGAGCAAGCUGGGAGCCAGGUAUUACGAAUCGAGGCGGCUAGCGACUCUCCUUUUGGGGGCAAUGGCUACGGCAUCGAUAACCUCACAUCCGAAGUAGUCGCUGAGCAGUUUCCCGUGGAAGCAUAUGACGAGACGGUUUUCGGUGCCCACCAGGUAGAAAUCGACACCCUCAAGUCCAUCCUAGCCAAUAUCUACCAGAUGGAAGCCCCGCUGGGUGAUCGGCCGUUAGACCAAGCCGUCCGCAUGUGGUUGAGAAACCUCUAUCUGUUGCAGCAGCAUCUCGACAAAGAGGUACCCUACACACCCACCGGAGACCAGCUGUCGCAGUUUAGGAGGGACCUCAGGAACCAGAUGGCGAGGGGCAUCGAAAAUGACAUUACGAUGUUCUACGGAACUGUGGCGCGGUACAAGAAAGAGUUCGACUCUCUUCUUCGACUAGACGAGUACGUUAGCGAACCGCCUAAAUGGGAGAAAAAGCUGCUAGAGGACAUUCGCAAGAGGAUCGAAGACGCCGAGUCAUUUGCCGAUACGAAGCUCCAGAUGUGGAAUAGACUUAAAAUUGACCCAACACAGCGUCCUGCAUCACUGUCGAACUUCAAGCAAUCCAAAAUCUUUCAGGCUGUUGGCGAGUUUCUCGGUCACGGUGGGGGAAGUGGACCGGAGCAAACCAUUGGUUUUUACAAGCAUGAAACGGAGACGGCCGAACUUGAUUUCGACGUGGUGGCGAAGCUGGUUACUCGGAUCUCGGAACUGAUAGUCCCCCCUGCCCAGCUCAAGCACAGGCGGAUGUUACGGCACAAACUUCAGCAUCAAGGGCGCCUGCUGGCCGAUUUAGAUCGAUAUCUGCCCAAGCUCGGCGACCGGGCCAAGGAUCUCCUGGAGCGGCUGGAGACGUACGACCGACUCAAGGACCGAGGGUACAUGAAAAAGACGGACGAGCUAGAAGAAGUGGACAAGGCGUUCCGCGACAAGCUCCAGAGACACGAAUAUCUCAUCCGGCGAGACUACCAGAACAUCCAAACACGCCGCGACCGGCUCAAGGAAGGCAGAGCCAAGGCGCAAGCUGCCCUCGACAAAUCAAUGGAAGAUGGGUUGAGGCUUGCCGAGCGUAUGCUAAUCCUGGCUCUCCUCAAAAUCCGAUCACCGAGAGGGUCGGAACACAACGACUCUGCCUGCUUCUGCCUUCUCCUCCGCCACUUUUUCCCCAGUGGACAGCUCUGCCAGGGACAUCACGGCCACGGCGUCUUCCCAUCGCCGGGAGCACUCUGGGCCACCCUCUGCCACAUUCUGACCUUUGUGACCUGGGUUAUCUUCCUGUUCCUCACCGAACCCGAGCGCGUCGGUAACACGAUCUUGUUCGUCUGCUCCGCCAUCGACGCCGUCUCUAACUACAUCUACCGCCUCGUCAUCCACAUCUUCACCCGCGUACGCCUCCAGAUUCUCCGCCAGCGUUACCGGUUCAAUACCUCGGAGCAAACUUCACUACCACCACCCCCCGAACCACCGCACCUCAACCUCCCCGCCAUCCCGCCGCCCUCCGCCCUUCUCAACGCCGCCCUCCUCCUCUUCACAGGCUUUACCUUGAUUACCUACGUCGCCGUGGAGGUCGAGCGGCGCGUGUGGCUGGGCGAUAAUGAUUGGCGGUUUGCGUAUGUGUUGGAUAUUACCAGUGGGAAACCGCUUCCCUACCCUGCUUGGUCGCCCGUGUUGGUGGAUUAUAGGUUGGCUAUGGAUCCUGUGAAGGAGUGGUUGGCACAGAGGUUGCAUGAUGAUUUUUUUACCUGGCGGAGGCGGUUUGUUGAGUGA